AUGUCGACUAAACUGCAGGUCUCGAAGUCUGGGAAGAAAAACUCUGCCAAAGGUGUCUCGGCACGAUCUCCCAGCAAGGUCAAGCAGACUACGAAGAAGAAGGGAACUGUGGGUCCGCCGAAAUCCAGGUCAUCUAGCGGUGAGGGCCCACCUGGGGGCGAUAUUCGCAAGUCCAACCGCCCUCGAAAGGCGAGAGUGUGGUACGCAGAAGGUGCGGAUGCUACCGAAGAAGACGCUGAACCUGUUACAGCUGCGCGGAACAAACGACAGGGCGACGAUUUGGACAAGGCAGAGGCCAACGGCAAGUCGGGAGACGAGGCCGAGGCUGAGGACGAGGCUGAGGCCGAGGCUGAGGAUGAGGCUGAGGACGAGGCUGAGCACGAGGCUGAGCACGAGGCUCCGCACGAGGCGGAGGAGGAGGCGGAAGAAGAGGCCGACGAAGAUGCGGAGGAAGAUGAGGAGGAAGAGGCGGAGAAAGAGGCGGAGGAAGAGGCGGAGGAAGAGGCGGAGGAAGAGGCGGAGGAAGAGGAAGAUGGCGAGGCGGAGGACGAAGAGGGUGGGGAGUCCGGCAAUGAGUCGGAAGAUGAGUCCGGAGACGAGCCGUCGGACGAGGAGGGUGGAGAGUCGGACGAUGAGCAGGGGGAUGAGGAGGAGGCAGUGGAGAGGAAUGAGAAAAACGGUACGGCGGAAGUGCCUGCCUGCGCGGAUGCUCAUAAGCCUGAGGUCACGAAAAAAACAAGCUUUGACGAGAUGCUGGAAGAGCAGGAUGACAGUGAAGGUGAUGCCGUGGAGGAUGAGGCUGUGGCAGAGGAACGAGCUUUGCUGCUUGGGAAGCUGAAGGCACUUGAUGAGAUCCAGGAACCCGUUGUCAGCUCGAAGCUCGCUGGAAAGGGUGCGAAAGCACAGUCGCGUUCAGGACCCUCUAAGGUUCCGGCUAAGCCACCUCCAGGGAGACAUGCUGUCGCCAUGGCUAAGGGUAAGGAGAAAGUGGUGGAGAAAGUGGUGGAGAAAGGGGUGGCGAAAGAGAGUAGCCCUGGUGGAAAGACGAAACGGGAGGAGUCCGCCUUGGUGGUUGGAGGUGCAUCAAAAAAGCGGAACACCGGUGAAUUUGCGGGCAAAACGAAGGCAACUCCAAAGGCAGCAGGCGCUGGGGCAAGAUGGGUAAAGGCUAAAGCGGGCGGUGGGGCUAAAGCGACCGCUAAGAAGGGCAACACCAAAACCGAUGCCAAUCAGCCCAUCCCUUCUGUCUGCCUUCCUCCCAUCCCUCCCGUCACCCAUCUCCCAUCCCUCCCGUCACCCAACUCCCAUCCCUUCUGUCACGUUCCUCCUAUCCUUUCUGUCACGUUCCUCCCAGCAGCACCCAAGGACUCCGGAGCUGCGCCACCAGUGAAGGUUCUCAGCCUAGCCACCAAGCGUUUCGAUCUCGUACCCGCCAAGAAAACCCCGUUUGUGGCGGCAUCCGGCGAUCGCCGCCGGGAGCGUGGUGGUGUAACAAACGCGGACCUUGACCAAUUCGAGCGACGCGUGAUGGCGAGGUUUGCCGAAAUGCUGUCGGCCAUGGGUCGGGGUGCUGGCCAAUCCCUCCCAAUCGGAGCGCCUGCAACAACACCUCCCCAUUCUGGCCCGAGCACCAGCUCGUCGGAAGGCCUUCCCUCUGGCAAUAGUCCCCUGGCAAACCACCGCGAAAUCGUCUACAAAGCCGUAGUCGACUUCAAGGUGCGUUGCCUGUCUAGGGAGGUGAGGCUUUACCUAAACCCUGACUCCCCUCUGCCUGCCUGCCCCUCUCCCCUCAACCCGAAACCCCACUUGCUUCCUUGUCCAGGUCUAAGGGGGUCUAGUGAGGUGAGGAUUUACCUAAACCUUGACUCCCCUCUGCCUGCCUGCCCCUCUCCCUUCAACCUUAAACCCCACUUGCUUCCCCAUCCAGGUAUAGGGAGGUCUAAGGGGGUGAGGCAAUACCUAAACCCUGACUCCCCUCUGCCUGCCUGCCCCUCUCCCUUCAACCUUAAACCCACCCUCUUCCCCAUCCAGGUAUAG